AUGGCAGGUGGGAGCAAUGCAGAAUCCCGAUCCUUAGAACAAACGCCCACCUGGGCUGUGGCCAUCGUUUGUCUGGGCUUUGUACUCAUUUCAAUACUCAUCGAACAAGCUAUUCAUUUCCUUUCUAUGUGGCUCAAGAAACACAAAAAGAAAUCCCUGGGCAAAGCAUUAGAAAAGAUCAAAGAAGAAUUGAUGCUGUUGGGAUUUAUCUCCCUUCUGCUCACUGUUGGACAGAAAUCCAUUUCAGAGAUUUGUAUAUCUAAGAGCUUAGGAGAUUCUUUGCUUCCCUGUUCAAAGGAGGAGGCCUUAGCAAACAGUGUUUCUGAUCAGAUUGAAAAGUUCUCAUUGUUUGGGCACCAUCGUAAGCUUCUGUUCUCAGCAGCUUCUGAAACACCAUUAAGGCGUAGCUUGGCCAAAGAGGAGCCUGUGACUGGUUAUUGUGCUAAAAAAGGGAAGGUUCCUCUGAUAUCACAAGAUGGACUCCAUCAACUGCACAUCUUCAUUUUUGUAUUGGCCGUUUUUCAUGUCUUGUCUUGCAUUGUAAUUAUGACGUUAGGAUGGGCAAAGAUGAAAAGAUGGAAAGCAUGGGAGGAAGAGACUAAAAGAUUGGAUUAUGAAUUCUCUACUGAUCCUUCAAGGUUUAGAAUUACCCGUGAAACUACCUUUGGAAAGAGGCAUGUAAGCUUUUGGUCCACAACACCUAUUCUCACUUGGAUUGUAUGCUUUUUUAGACAAUUCAUUAGAUCUGUGCCCAAAGUGGAUUACAUAACAUUGCGUCAUGGCUUCAUACUUGCUCAUUUUGCUCCACAUGGUAAAUUUGAUUUUCAAAGAUAUCUAAAGAGGUCUUUGGAUGAUGACUUUAGUGUUGUUGUAUCUAUCAGUCCACCUCUAUGGUUUUUUGCCAUAUUAUUUCUACUUAUCAAUAGGAAAGGGUGGUUCACAUUAUUUUGGUUGUCAUUCACUCCACUGAUUAUUCUUCUGAUAGUGGGAACAAAGCUGCAAGUUAUAAUAACAAAAAUGGCAUUAGAUAUCCAAGACAGAAGUCCAGUUGUGCAAGGAGCUCCACUGGUGAAGCCCAAUGAUCAACUCUUUUGGUUUGGUCGACCCAAGUUGAUUCUCUAUCUCAUUCAUUUUACCCUAUUUCAGAGUGCUUUCCUUAUGGCCUUUUUCUUUUGGGCAUGGUAUGAAUAUGGUCUGAAAUCCUGCUUCCAUAAGCGUAUGCAAGAUAUUGUAGUUAGAAUAAGCUUGGGGGUUGGAGUUCAAAUACUGUGUAGCUAUGUAACUCUCCCUCUCUAUGCUCUUGUUACACAGUUAGGGACAAACAUGAAAACAACCAUAUUUGAUGAAAGAAUAGCAAGCUCACUGAAGAAAUGGCACCAGAGAGCUAAGAAGAAUAUUAGUAAAAAAGGGAGAAGGCAGGGAGAUCUAUCAAGUGAGCAAACUACUCCACAUGAAGGAUCUUCUCCACUCCAUCUUCUUCACAAGUACAUGAGAGAAGGAGAUAUAGAAAGUGCCCAAAAUAUACAACAAGUUGAAUAUGAUGCUGAGCUGGAUGCACUCUCCCCUUCUUACCAUUCUCACCAUAAUGCUAAUGACAAUUCAAAGGAAGAAAUACAUGGAGGCACACCAGAUAUUGAACUCGGCUUUGCUCAUUUUCAAAAGGAAAAUAUAGAAAGCAUUAUCCCUACUUCUUACAUGGAGACUCCUCCAAGCAAGGAGGACAGUUAG